AUGUCCCAUCGCAACCCUCAGCUUUCCCCUGCCGGCAGGCAAAAGCUGAUGCCUCCCUCCCUCUCCAGACCGGGUGAUUCGUCGCCCAUGUUGGACAAAGACAAGAAAAAGGAUUCCCGGGAUCGGCAAGAUGAAGCUCGUUUGUUAGGAGCUAGAUAUCAUGACUCUCAAGCUGUCAAGAUAAAGCCCGGCGCAACAUUCUUAUCCAAAAACAAAAAACCAGGAUCAAACUUCGCGUUCUCCCCCCGCGAUAAGCUUUCACAGCAUGCCCGAAGCAGCGGACCGGUCCGUGCGAACGGGGAAUCAAACCGGCAAUCUCCAUUGAUGAGACGAAAAUCGCCCCAACUGGGCCAUGCCUUUGAAGAAUCUGAUCGUCCCAUCAAGAAGCGGCGUCAGAGCGAGACCAGCGAAACCAUUGAUCUUACUGCCCCGGUAUAUCCAGCCAUGAAUGGAUCAGAACAAGGAUCUCCUCAAGCUCCUGCCAUUCGAAAGGGAAACCGCCGCAAUCGUCGUCCUGAAUUGAAAGACCCCGAGAGUGGGGGCAAGGCAGCGCAGGGCUCCCUCCGUCCUCAACUUGAUCAAUUCUUUUCUGGUGACUCCCGGGAUGAACAAUUCACAGAGAACGCAGCCCAGCAACGACGAACUGCCAAUGCCGCAAAAUUCGUGGAUCCCCGCUUGUAUCGAGCCAAUCGCAACCCAACCCAGACUGUCGAGUCCGUAAUUCCGGACAGAGAUGAGAUCGGGAAAAGGAAGGUUAGUAGAAAUCGCACUGCACUUCCUUCUGAUCAACUCCCUCGUCCUCUCAACGGCAGAGAAAGUCCAGACGAACUUCAAGGCGAUAUCACCACUCACCCACUGCCGAAAUCCUUGCAUGAAAAACAGCCUCGAACCACCCGCCAACCUCAACCCCAGACUAGCGUUGAAACGCCGACCCGAAAACGAUCCCCAGCAGAUAUCCGUCCUACUGAUUUUUCAUCUCCAUCGCAAGGCGCAAAGAAGGCCAAGCUUGCUGGCAAGACUCCCGAGAAGCAAUGGCUGUCGUGCAGGUUCCGAAUUGGUGCAUUCAACAAGACCUGUCAGAUGAGAGAAUUCGCACCUAUCUAUUCGACCAAAAAGGGCCUUGAACUUCGCGAAGAUGUGCUCGGCGAUGGCAACCAAAUCUCAAUUCUUUUUCACCAGUUCAGGCAAAUUUACAUGGGCCAGGCGCCCAGCCGAAAACUCAGGAUUCAACUGCUGAAAGGUUCCGUCGAAGCCGGCGACCAGCUCGAUAUUGAGUUUUGGAGGACCGAUGAGAAGAUCAGCUUCCAACGAGUGCUGGGACAAGCCAACGUUGCGACCAUCAGCAAAGACAUGAAAUGGAUGGACCAGGCCUUUGCGAAGUAUGCGAGCCAGUUUCUUCACGACAGCGAAGUGCCUCAUAAGCGGCCUCUCGAUGAGCAGGUGGAAGAUUCCGAUCCUCUUGAUGCUCAUCCUGCCCCACGACGACCCAGACUUUCGGAUUCCCUGAGAGAUGGUUACGGCGAAUUGGGCAAUGAUCAUUCACCUGAAACCAAGCGGCCUACCCAGAACAAGAAAAAACUAGCGAACGAUAACGUCGAAACUCGGAAAUCUGCCAAAUACCAAAAGGAUCACCCGACUCACAGCGAUACAGACACUGGUGCUGAUAUCCCCGUCGAGGCCCUGGACUCUACUGGAAACCCACCGGAACGCGAGACACGAUCCUCUACCCGUCGUUCCACUCGGAACACUGAGCCGUCGAAUGGAGCCCUCGCAUUGAAAGAAAAUACAAAACCGCGUUUCGAGGAUGAUUCUUUCAGAAAGAACUGGAAGCAACCCUUGGUUUAUCCGCCAAAUGGCAAGAAAAAAGCUGAGGUGAACCUCGGGGAUCGUGAUCGGUUACGCACAGACGAUUUUCUCAAUGAUAACCUCAUUGCUUUCUACAUGCGUUUCCUUCAAGACCAUCUCGAACGUACCAACCCGGAGGCUGCGAAGCGCAUUUACUUCUUCAACACUUACUUCUUUGCGACUCUCUCGAAGGACUCUCGCACCCGUGGUAUCAACUACGCGGGUGUGGAGAAGUGGACGCGCAAUGUAGAUCUAUUCAGUUAUGACUACAUUGUCGUUCCCAUCAACGAGAAUGCUCAUUGGUACGUUGCUAUCAUUUGCAACCUGCCAAGUUUGGCUCUUGAUUCUGCCGACCGCAUCGAGUCGGUUCAGACACCAACCCUGGAGAAAGAAAUCUCCAGUGUCUCUGAGAAUGAAAUUCAUCAAAUUCAAGAGACACCUGAGCCGGAGCUGAGACCAGAGUCAGAGGACGCCUCUGAGGAAAGUGCGGAGAAGAGUGACGACGAGCUGACGGGAUUCCAAAGGGAAUCUGAGUCCAUGAAGGACCUUGGCCCCACGGAGAUCGGGGUAUCUGGUGACGGAGCCCAGGGUUUUGCCUUUGCCAAGUCGACGGCAAGCAGCGGCAACCCACCUCCACCGGCCAAUCUCUCCAAGUUCGCAGCUCAAAAGCUUGCCCAGGAACACGCAGCUGCAUCGCAGUCGAAAGGCAAAUUCUCGAAGAAGAAGAGGGCAGGGCUGAAGUUGGAUCCCAAUCAACCAACGAUUGUCACAUUCGACUCACUUGACGCGCCUCGAUCGCCCACUAUCAGAUUGCUCCGCGACUACACCUGCAAAGAAGCGGCGUCCAAGCGUGGCGUACAACUCGACCCAACCGAGAUCAAGGGCAUGCGAGCGCGCGAUAUCCCUCUUCAGCCGAACUACUGGGACUGUGGCCUUUAUCUGUUGACAUACUUGGAGAAGUUUGUCCAGCACCCUGAUUACUUCAUGGCGAAGGUGCUGCAGCGUAAUAUGCGCAUUGAUGAGGACUGGCCUCCGCUAGGUGCUGGUCUUCUUCGGGAUCGAUUUGGCAAAUUCCUAGAUGAACUGUACAUGGAACAGAAGAACGCCAGUGGACCGAUCUUGGUUGACAAAUCCCCCGUCUCAUUUUUGCUUGGCCCGCCACUCCCUUGCCAGGAGGAGAUUCCAGGUGUUGAUGUGGUACCCGAAUCCCAGCCCGACACGAAUCCUUCCAACUCAGACCAUGCGACAAGUGCAAAGCCAAAGGCCAAGAACCAGCGGGAAGAUUCAACUGCGGACCAGAUGCACCUGGUUCCUACUGAACAACCUCAGUGCCCAGAUAAAAAAGCAACCAAUCCGUCUGCAGACACACCAUUACAGAGAGACCCUGUUCACCAACUAGAAGAGGGACCCAUCAUUCAAGUGCCUGGUACACCACCACCGACCAGAAAGGAACGUAAGCAAAAAGCCCUGCGAAAGGGCUUGCGAAAGGAAUGA